AUGGCGGAGGGGUCCCGGGGCGCCCCGCCACCGGGCUCGCCCCGCCCCGCCACGCCGCUGCCCAACGGGCCCCGCGGUGGCGGCGGCGGCGGCGGCAGCCCCGGGUCGGGCUCGGGCAGCAGCAGCCACGAGGACUCGGUGGAGCGGAGCCCCGCGCCCGCCGCGCCCCGGGCCAGCAUCAUGAAGGAUGGCUCCCGGCAGCGGGCACCACAGAAGAAGAAGACAGUGUCCUUCAGCACCAUGCCCAACGACCGCAAGAUCAACAGCACCGGCGCCUGCAUCUCCUUCAUGCUGGAGGGCUGCGAGCUGAAGAAGGUUCGCUCCAACUUGCGCAUGUACAGCCGCUUCUUUGUGCUGGACGCCGACCUGCGCUCCCUGCGCUGGGAGCCCUCCAAGAAGGACUCAGAGAAGGCCAAGAUCGAGAUCAAGUCAGUGAAAGAGGUGCGUGUGGGCAAGAAGACCCCUGUGCUGCGCAGCAAUGGCCUCUCCGACCAGUUCCCAGACGAGUGUGCCUUCUCCAUCAUCUAUGGAGACAACUACGAGUCCCUGGACCUGGUGGCCAGCUCGGCCGAGGUGGUGAGUGCCUGGGUGAUGGGGCUGCGGUACCUGGUAUCCUAUGGCAAGCACACCCCCGAGGCACCCGGGACCGCCCACCCCAGCCUCCGGACCUCCUGGAUCUCCUCUGUCUUCGACCUCGCUGACCUGGAGAAGUCUGGCCGCAUGCCGGUGCCCCGAGCUGUGCAGCUGAUCAAAGCACUCAACCCAGGCAUGAAGGCUUCCACCAUUGAGCUGAAGUUCAAGGAGCUGCAGAAGGCAAAUGAGUGUCCCGGUGCAGAGGUGGCCUGCGACCUCUUUGUGGAGGCCUACUGCGAGCUCUGCACCCGCCCUGAGAUCUUCUUCCUGCUGGUGCAAUUCUCCAGCAACAAGGAGUACCUGGGCCUGAAGGACCUGCUGAUGUUCUUGGAGGUGGAGCAGGGCAUGGAGGGGGUGACGGAGGAGAAGUGCUUGGAGAUCGUGGGCAAGUACGAGCCCUCCAAGGAGGGCCGGGAGAAAGGCUACCUGGCCAUCGACGGCUUCACGCGGUACCUGUUGUCCGCUGACUGCUCCAUCUUCGACCCGCAGCACCGCAAGGUCUGCCAGGACAUGGCACAGCCACUCUCCCACUACUACAUCAGCUCUGCCCACAGCGCCUGCUUGCUGGAGGACAACUUCUGGGGCCAUUCAGACAUCAGUGACUACGUCAGCGCCCUGGGCCUGGGCUGCCGCAGCAUCGAGCUGGUGCUGUGGGAUGGCCCCGAGGGGGAGCCUGUGGUCUACACCAGCCCCUCGGCUGCCUCCUGUGUGCCCUUCCGCACUGUGGUGGGGCUGAUCGACCAGCAGGCCUUCGCUGCCUCUGUCUACCCCCUCAUCCUCUGUCUGGUGGUGCGGUGCUCAGCCGCCCAGCAGCGCCUCGCUGCCCAGUGCCUGCGCAAGACACUGGGGGAGAAACUGUACCUGGAGCCCCCCAACCCCGCCGCAUCCUACCUGCCCUCCCCAGAGCAGCUCAAGGGCCGCAUCCUCAUUAAGGGUAAGAAGCUGCCUGCUGGCUGCGAGGACAGCGAGGGGGAGGUGUCUGAUGAGGAGGAAGGCUGGGAGCUGGCGCGGCGGCUGGGCCAGGAGGACAGGGAGGCUCCAGAGGGGGGUGGCCCGCGGCGGGUGCGCCUCAGCCGGGAGUUCUCGGAGCUGGUGAGCCUCUGCCAGGCUGUCCCCUUCCAGGACUUCGAGAGCUCGCGGCGUGGACAGCGCUACUGGGAGAUGUGCUCCUUCAGCGAGGUGGAGGCAGGGCGCUUCGCCAACGAGUGCCCGGCCGAGCUGGUCAGCUACAACAAGCGGUUCCUCUCCCGUGUCUACCCCAGCCCCAUGCGCAUUGACUCCAGCAACAUGAACCCCCAGGACUUCUGGAAGUGCGGCUGCCAGAUGGUGGCCAUGAAUUACCAAACACCAGGGCUCAUGAUGGACCUGAACGCAGGCUGGUUCCGGCAGAAUGGAGCCUGUGGCUACGUGCUCCGCCCUGCCAUCAUGCGGGAGGAGGUCUCCUACUUCAGUGCCAAUGCCAAGGACUCCUUGCCUGGGGUGCCCGCCCAGCUCCUUCACCUCAAAGUGAUCAGUGGGCAAAACCUGCCCAAGCCCAAGGGCUCAGGGGCCAAAGGGGAGGUUGUGGAGCCCUACGUCUGUGCCGAGAUCCACGGCAUCCCAGCCGACUGCGCCGAGCACCGCACCAAGACGGCACUGCAGAGUGGGGACAACCCCAUCUUCGAUGAGAGCCUGGAGUUCCAGAUCAACCUGCCCGAGCUGGCCGUGCUGCGCUUUGUCGUGCUUGAUGAUGACUACAUCGGGGAUGAGUUCAUUGCCCAGUACACCAUCCCUUUCGAGUGCCUGCAGCCCGGCUAUCGCCACGUCCCCCUCCAGUCCCUGGCUGGGGAGCCCCUGCCCCAUGCCACCCUCUUCGUGCAUGUGGCCAUUACUGACCGCCGUGGGGGGGGCAAGGGGCACCGCCGGGGGCUGGCGGGGCGCCGUGGCCGACGGGUGCGGGAGUACACCUCCACCAAGGCCACUGGCAUCAAGGCCAUUGAUGAGGUCUUCCGGACGGCCACCCAGCCACUGCGGGAGGCCACUGACCUGCGGGAGAACGUGCAGAACGCUCUGGUGUCCUUCAAGGAGCUGUGUGGGCUGACGCCAGCUGCCAACAUGAAGCAGUGCAUCCUGACCGUGGCCACAUGGCUGCUGCACAGUGACAGCACCCCCAGUGUCACUCUCAACCUGGCAGAGCAGUACCCCCCGAUGGAGGCCCAGGGUCCCAUCCCUGACCUGCUACGCAAGGUCCUCACUGCCUAUGAGACUAUGAUCCAGACCAGCCGGACGCUGAUCGAGUCAGCUGACGCCGUGUACAGCAAACUCAUGCAGGCACAGCAGGCAGGCAUGGACUUCCACAAGGAGCUGCACCGCAUCGAGGCCAAGGAGGGGCUGCGGGGUCGCAAGCUGCAGAAGGCGCUGGAGAGCUUCGCCUGGAACAUCACAGUCCUGAAGGGCCAGGCUGACCUCCUCAAGCAUGCCAAGGCCGAGGCGCUGGACAACCUCUGGCAGAUCCACAACGCAGGGCAGUCCUGCGGCAUCGGCAGGAACGGUUCGGCCUCGCCGGAGUCCUCUCGGUUGCGCGCAGCGCUGGAGCCCAUCCCUGAGACGGAUGGAGGUGGUGACACCGCAUCCUGCUGA